GGCGGCGGCCCCGACACCGGCAGAGCAGCCGCGCAGCCGGCGGAAUGGAACGGCGCCGGGGCUGAGCCGGGCGCACUCGGGCCGCCGCAUGUGCCGCGCGGGGAGCAGCUGCCGAGCGGGCGGAGAGCGAACGCCAGGGGCCCCGUCGGAGCGGCCGCACGAGCAGCGCCGGAGAUGGGAGAACAGCCCAUCUUCACCACGCGAGCGCACGUCUUCCAGAUUGACCCCAGCACCAAGAAGAACUGGGUGCCGGCAAGCAAGCAGGCCGUCACGGUUUCCUACUUCUAUGAUGUCACCAGGAACAGCUAUCGGAUCAUCAGUGUGGAUGGAGCCAAGGUGAUCAUAAACAGCACUAUCACCCCGAACAUGACUUUCACCAAAACGUCACAGAAGUUCGGGCAGUGGGCUGACAGCAGAGCCAACACCGUGUUCGGUUUGGGAUUCUCCUCGGAGCUGCAGCUUACGAAGUUUGCAGAGAAGUUCCAGGAGGUAAGAGAAGCUGCCAGGCUAGCCAGAGACAAGUCCCAGGAGAAAACUGAGACCUCCAGCAAUCAUUCCCAAGCAUCCAGCGUCAAUGGCACAGACGACGAAAAGGCCUCUCACGCGAGCCCAGCCGACACUCACCUCAAGUCUGAGAAUGACAAGCUGAAGAUCGCGCUGACACAGAGUGCUGCCAAUGUGAAGAAGUGGGAGAUGGAGCUGCAGACCCUGCGGGAGAGCAAUGCCCGGCUGACCACAGCGCUGCAGGAGUCGGCGGCCAGCGUGGAGCAGUGGAAGCGGCAGUUCUCCAUCUGCAGGGACGAGAAUGACAGGCUCCGCAGCAAGAUCGAGGAGCUGGAAGAACAGUGCAGUGAGAUAAACAGGGAGAAGGAGAAGAACACACAGCUGAAGAGGAGGAUCGAGGAGCUGGAGUCAGAGGUCCGAGACAAGGAGAUGGAGUUGAAAGAUCUCAGAAAACAAAGUGAAAUCAUACCUCAGCUCAUGUCCGAGUGUGAAUAUGUCUCUGAGAAGUUAGAGGCGGCCGAAAGAGACAAUCAAAACUUGGAAGACAAAGUGCGGUCUCUAAAGACAGACAUCGAAGAGAGUAAAUACCGGCAGCGCCACCUGAAGGGGGAGCUGAAGAGCUUCCUUGAGGUGCUGGACGGAAAGAUCGACGACCUCCAUGACUUCCGUCGAGGACUCUCCAAGUUAGGCACAGAUAACUAGGGCAGGGCAGGGCGGAGCCCAGCUCUGGAGUGGCAGGUGUGUGUGAGAGGUGCAGUAGACGUAGGACAUUCUCCAUUUGCUUCUGUAAAUGCAGGUGCGUUCUGUCUGUCUCCAGACCAGUUGUGCCGUCCGCUCACUCCUCCAGAAUAGGAAAGCUCUCGCUUCUCUGGCUUUGUGAGGUCGUGGACAACUGGAAGCUUCUGACUCAGGAAUCCAGAACUUGGUCUACCCCAGCCGUUUAUGCAGUCAGGGCAGCGAUGUUUAGAUCUUCCCUUAAGGGCUGUUGCAACCCUAUGAACGGGAUGGGGGAAGUAUUUUCUAACCCAAGUACCAUUAUCCUUUACAACAGGCCCUCGGGUGCCUUCUGCUGCGUGGCAUUCAGUGUAUGUGACUCUCCAGCAGGUUCUAGACCACUGGCACGUGGAGGGAGCAUCUUUUCCCAGUAUGCAUUUUGUUGCUCUAGCAGAUGUGACAUGACAUUGUCAACCACAAAGUUCACACUCAAAAACUGCACAACUGACUUACUCAAAAAGAAAUCAUUGUAAAAAAAAAUGUUUUAAGUAAAUACACUAUUUUGGGUUGGAGCACAUUCACAGUUACCCUUGGCUGCCUGUGACCUUUGGGCUGUAGGUCAGACAUACCUACUUGAAAGGAGCCAUUUAGUGGAGACUUAUCUAGAGGGAAGAUAAACCAGAAGUCUUGGGUUGUGCGCACUGACAGGGAAUGACUCCUUCCUGCUAAGACCCAUCCUCCCCUGAUUUAUUGUGAUUGCAACAAUGUUCUUGUUUGUUUGGAUUUUUUUUUGUUUUUUUUUGUUUGUUUGUUUGUUUCUGAUUUCAGAGCAGAUGCUUAAGCUGUGGGAACAGAAUGCAGGGAGGGUGUCUAGCGGAGUCUGGGCACUUAAUAGGUGCUUAAUAAACAUUUGUUCAAUUAAACAUUUAAGUAGAACUUAGUGUUUUAAUCAAACCACACAGCAGAGUUCAGACCCUUGUUGAAGAACACAUCAUCUUUGUUGAGCUGAAGUAAUUCUCAGAAAUGAGUGCAGUUUGCUGUACUCAAACCUAGACCUGGCUCUGAGGCCCAGACUGUGGCAGUGUCCUCGUCAUAGACGACUCUGAGGCCCUCCUGCAGGGACCCCAGCCACGAUCCUGGAGGGCAUUGCCUUUGGGACCUUCCUUCUCUUCCAGGCAGAGGGCCUGGAGUUGGAGACUUUCUGGAUACCGGGAGAGCAUAGUAUAGGAGCUAGCCUGGGCUUAGAAGACAGGCUGGGCUUCUUGGGUUUGAACAAUACAAAGCCAUCCUUCAUGCCAUGAGGAUGAGAGCCCCUCAGGUGGCAGCUUAGCCUUAGAGACAGAGACGCUCCCCCCAGGUCUGCCUUUCCUUUCCCAGUUCCUGCUAAGGAAGGGCCUGCAGCCAAAAAGCUCUCUGCUCACAGAGAACUUCCUAGCAGAACCAUUGGACUUUCAGGUCCACAGGCAUUCCUCCUUAGGAGAGUUUGCACACAGGAGGCAAGGUGUGUUAACCCUGACCCCCAACACUUCAGAAUGCCUUGGGCAAGGGAAACAUUGGUUCCCUACCCGUCUAAGAACCCUCUAGAUGUAUCCACAUGGGAUCAGAAAUUCUUCCUCCUGAAUGAGAAAACAGCCUGAGGAUGGGGCUAGGGUCAGCACGUUCAAGACCCAGGCCCUGUGGUGACUUCCAAGUCCUCAUCUUUCCUUGCAGUGGCUGACGAGUCACUCUGAGCAAGGAACUCAACUGGGACAAAAAAAGGAAGGAAGGCUGGUGAUGUGGAAGGCUGAGUUCUGUUAGGGGGUGACCCCAUCAAGUUGGGAUGUUUUAUACAACAGAGUGGUCACCUCUGAUGUAAUUCAGCCCAGGGUGCUGCCGUUCCCCACAGCUCCCAAUAGUUCUCAAGUCAGUAGCAGCUGCUACUGGUGCACCAAGAGAACAUAGACUGGGUUAGCUAUGGCCCAGCAUGGGCUAAGGGGAACUCUUCUUAGGCCACCCCAGCCCCUUUGCCUGCCAGCAACCUGGACACAUGGCUCCCAAGAGCAGUGGACACUGGGGCUGUCAGCUCAGGCUUCAGAUGAGCUUCCAUCUGCAGGAGACAUUAUCAGUGGAAGGAGCUCUCGGCUGGCUGGAGUAUGAUCUGGUGACAUGACCAUAUGAGGACACUUGCUAAGGCUACUGAACUGGAAGUGUAGAACGUUCUAGAAGUUAUGAGCCCAGUGGGCUGGCUGUAAGGUUGAGACCCAUGACCCCUGUUGUUAGCACUGGAGGGUUUGGCAAGUUUCUAAUAGCCAGUAGGUGGGGGAAAUAGUUUUUGUACUCUUGGGUUCAAGCAGCCCCCAAACUGUCACAGCCCAUGAUCCUAAGACACUAGGAUGCCCCUGAAGAGUGAUUUAGGCUCCACAGCUAAAGCCCCAAACAAGCACAGAACCUCCCUUUCAUCUGCUUCCUCUAAAGACAUCAUGAUUCUUUGUUUUCUUUCUUUUUAAGAACAGUCCUGGCCCAGGAAUGGCCUGGAAGGUCAACAGUAGGCUGGCCCUGUCUGCAGCCUCUGCCACUGUAAAAGGUAGACUGUACGGCGCAAAUGACCCACUGAAAUUGUUCCGUAUCCACUCACACUAGUGGGACAUACCUCCAUUUUUUCUGAUGUCCAGCCUAGUCUUAGGACUGUUGUUGUAGCCUCAAAUCCCAUGCAGAUGGUGUGAGCUGUUUUGCCCCAGCAAUUACGGCCACAGAGUGAUGCCUGCAGAGCCUGGUGUCGAUGAGCUCUGGCCUUAGCAUCUCUGAGACUAGCAGUCUGCACCUUGCUUAGCUUACAUUCUGAAGCCAUCCACAUGGAACCUAAAAGAGGCCAAGAAAACCUCAGAGCCCUUGAGCCGUGAUCCACAUGCAUUUCUGGCAUGAGCUGGGGUAGGGCGGUGCCUAGGAAUGAGAGACCACUGGAGGGAAGGAUUGGGAGAGAAGAAACAGCCCGUGCUUGACCUCUGAUCAUCUCCUUCCAUUGCUUCUCCCCAAGAGCUGUCACUUUAGACCUUAAUUGGGUGAGAGAACUUGGCAGAAAUUAUCAACAGGAAGUGGAAGCAGAGUAGCCCAGAGUAACCCAGCUGUGGCCAGCAGCUUGGGCUCUUGGGUCUCCUGGACCUUGAUCCACUGUUCUCCCAUGAGCCAUAUUGUUACUCUCCCUUUGGUGUCCCUUAGAUGCCAAGAAGAAAUAAAUAAUCCUCUGCCCUACUAAAAGCAUGUUGCAACUAUAUUAAUUGGAGUGUGUGUCCACAGCAAGGAACAGCCAACAGGGACAAGGCAGAAUUGUCCACCAUACACAGUAAGGUCUGUUUCCUUUGAUUCUGCUCUUUAGGGAUCUCUUCAAUGAUCUCUGUGCUUGGAGAGGCCAGUUUGGUGGAACACUGUCUGGCUAUGAAUUCUUUGCUGAUGACUUUAAUGAAGGUCCACUCACGUUUUUAAAGAGGGGAGGAGGCCUUUGAUGGCAGAGACAUAAACAGGAGCAGAACAGACAAGCCACAGUUGGGGAGGUGCAGACUCAUUCCAGUGCCUAGAGCAGUUUGCAUGCAUGACUGGCUGUCCAUAGGGGGAGCUGCUCUCCAGCCUGCAUGCUCCACAGACACAGCCUUAAGCAGCAUGAUGGCAGGUGCAGGUACUGCAUUUGAUAUGAGUGUGAGAGAACUCACAUGCAGCCCAAAAGCAUCACAAGCAAGCCCGCUUGGCAGGGGCUCUUUCUAUAGCCAAGACCCCUGCAGACACCAGCGGCGACUGUGAAUGAGACCCAACUUAGACCUCAUGUGCAGCCAGGUGUGUGCUUGGAAACUGGGCGGUCUGGGAGGAGCUCAAGCCAUGCAGCUCUUCAGGGAGCACCAGCCACUGCCCUUUGCUGGUAACUGAAGUGGGUCACUAGAAGUUACACUCGCUCAAUUCUUGGGAACACCACUGGAUUUUGAAGCACUCGCAACAUAAGGCGGAAGCUUUCAAUUCAAUGUCCACACAUAUCUGGAAUGAUCGCCAUGAUCUAAAUAGACCAUGACUUCUGAAUACAUGGCUUCCCUCAAAGAAACAGACUGUAUUCUGGGGACAGUGGGUGUGACGGCAUGGAGGUGGAGCCCUAAAUAGAAGUGUGAGCUAUUUACAUGUCUUCUCCUUACAACUUUCUAAAGAAUAUAAAUCCCUCUUUAAAAACAAGCCUGGCAAGAAGGUGACUUUGGUAGGAAUUUUGAGCUGUAUGAAAUGUUCGUGUGUGUGUGUGUGUGUGUGUGUGUGUAUGAGAGAGAGAGAGUAUGUAUAUGUGUGUGCGCAUGUGCAUGGGCACUGGGGGGAGGAAGCAUCAGGAAAAACCAGAGAAACAAUUAGGAGGAAUUCAACCAUAACUUCAUAACCAGGAGUCAUUGAAUAUUUUUGGUGGUGAUGGUGAAUGUUCUGGAAUCCGCUUACAGGACUUUGUGGGGCUUUAGGUUUGUGUGAAAUUGUACAGUUCUCUUUGACAGUGUAGCACUUGCUGUGGAGUGGCCUCUGAGCCACAGAGACCCCUGCAGAGGCCCACGUGGACCACAGCGGAGUCCAGGCUUGCCAGCUCUGUCAGGAGAGCCGCAGGACUGAUACCUCGCAGAUGUUAGGGACGCGUUGAUGCCUCUCUGUCCUGUACCAGGUUUGAUAGGAAGGCCUGACUGUCACUCCAUUGUGACAGUGGAUGUGACGGUAGGAAGAUGUUUCUUACAUCUCCACAAGAGCUUAAUGCUAACUAUGGAUUGGAUAAGCAAAUUAUUUCA